UUUCACUGUUUCAAAGACUGAAAAACUGCUGUAGUGGGAGGCCAAAUGUAAUGACUUAAUAUGGAACCUGAAGUGGUAAGGAGCAGCUGUCAGCUUGAGCAAACCUGUGGCAAGCUGUGGCAAAUCUACUGGAGCUGGUUUAUGAAAAGCUCUCUCUGAAAUCACAAGGCAACAGAUGAAGUUAAUAGGCUGAAGAGGAGACUCUAUGAAAUCAUGCAGCAGGAGAUACGGCCGCUUGUAGCAGUGGAUAUAAUAGAGCAGCUCCACAGGCAAUUUGCAAUCUUGUCAGGAGGAAGAGGGAAGGAUGGGGCACCCAUUAUAACCUUUCCAGAAUUUGCAGGAUUCAGUGAGAUACCUGAUGACGAUUUUCUGAAUGUGGUCACUUAUCUAACCAGCAUUCCCAGUCUGGAGGCUGCCAGCAUCGGAUUCAUCAUCAUCAUAGACAGACGACGGGACAAAUGGAGUGCAGUCAAGGCAUCCCUGACACGAAUAGCAGGAGCAUUUCCAGGAAACCUGCAGCUGGUGUUUGUCCUGAGACCCUCCCGCUUUAUCCAAAGGGCAAUCGCUGACAUUGGCAUUAAACUCUAUCGAGAUGACUUUAAAAUGAAGGUACCGAUCAUCAUGUUAAAUUCUGUCUCUGAUCUGCAUGGCUACAUUGACAAGAGCCAGCUGACCCGGGAGCUGGGAGGAACCCUGGAGUACGGCCACAGCCAGUGGAUCCAUCACCGCACGGCCAUUGAAAACUUUGCAAUGACAGUAAAAACAACAGCACAGAUGCUACAGACCUUUGGAACAGACUUAGCAGAGACUGAACUUCCCAACGAUGUGCAGUGCACAGAGGAGCUUCUCUCCUCACACACUGAGCACCACAGCAAGCUGAAGGAUGAGCUGAAGCUAGCAGUGAAGCAGGGGGCCACCUUACUGACAUGCAUCCGGGAGCCAGUCACCCGAAGUGCCAACAGCAAACUCAGUCCAGAUGAACUGGAAAAUGUGGCCACAGUGGAAAGGUUGCUGGCUCAGUUGGAUGAAACAGAAAAGGCUUUUGAUCAAUUUUGGACCAAGCAUCAUCUAAAACUAGAACAGUGCCUGCAGCUUCGACACUUUGAACAUGAUUUUAGAGAGGUAAAAUUGACAUUGGAUAACCUCAUGGAAACACAAGCAGGUUUUACUGACAUUGGAGACAGUGUGACUCGAGUUGAGAACCUCCUCAAGGAACAGAAACAUCUGGAAGAGAAAGGACAGGAACCUUUGGAGAAGGCCCAGUCUCUAGCUCUCCAUGGAGAACAGCUCAUCCAAAACAAUCAUUAUGCAGUUGACUCCAUUAGACCAAAGUGUGUUGAACUCAGGCGGAUUUGUGAUGACUUUACCAAUGAGACCAAGAAAAAAUAUGAUAUUUUGGGAAAGUCUCUUGAGCUGCAUAAGCAGUUAGAUAAGGCAAGCCAAUGGUGCGAAGCUGGAAUCUACCUCUUAGCUUCCCAAGCUGUGGACAAGUGCCAGUCACAAGAGGGAGCUGAAACUGCACUCGUUGAAAUUGAGAAGUUCUUGGUAACAGCUAAGGAACACCAGCUCUCCAACCCGAAGGAGUUCUACAAUCAGUUUGACAUGAUCCUCACCCCUGAAAUAAAGGCCAAUGCCCAAAGAAUUGUACAAAAACUCGAAGAUGUGCAAGAAAUGUUUGACAAGAGGCAAGUAAGUCUGAAGAAGCUGGCAGCCAAACAGACCCGGCCAGUACAACCUGUUGCUCCACAUCCUGAAUCUUCCCCAAAGCGAGCAUCACCAAAGAUUACCAGACCAGCAGCAGUAGCUACCAACAGGAGGUCUACAGAAAUUUCCUGCCCUCCAAAGACCGUUUCUGAAGUAGAGUUAUCAAAAAAGAAAAGCAUUAAGAAGACAAAAGGUGGAAUUAAGAUUGAAGUGAUGCAUGAAGCCAGUCAAGGAGGAUCCAGCAGAGUCCUGGUGACCAGUGAAAGUGAUGAGAACUUGUCAACAAGGAGGAGCCACAUAAUCAAUGAGCUGAUAGAAACAGAACGGGUUUAUGUAGAAGAACUUCAAAGUAUAAUAGAGGGAUACGCUUCAGAAAUGGACAAUCCCAAUUUAGUACAUCUGAUUCCAUCUGCACUUCAGAACAAGAAGGAAAUUCUUUUUGGGAACCUCCCAGAAAUCUACUAUUUCCACAACAGGAUUUUCCUUAAGGAGAUAGAAAAUUGCAUUGAAAACCCUGAGCUUCUUGCCCGAUGCUUUUUGAAAAGAAAGGAGGACCUCCAAAUAUAUGAAAAGUACUGUCAGAACAAACCAAGGUCUGAAGCUCUCUGGAGACAGUGUGGAGACAGCAUCUUUUUUCAGGAAUGUCAGCGUAAAUUGGAUCAUAAGCUCUCACUUGAUGCUUAUCUCUUAAAGCCAGUUCAGAGAAUCACCAAGUACCAGCUGCUGCUAAAGGAAAUGCUGAAGUGCAGCAAGAAUUCAGAAGGCACUGCUGAAUUGGAAGAAGCCCUGGCCACGGUGCUUGAUAUCAUCAAAUCAGUAAAUGACUCCAUGCACCAGAUAGCAAUCACAGGAUAUGAGGGGGAUGUCAGUGAGCUUGGCAAGCUGUUGAUGCAAGGUUCCUUCAACGUAUGGACUGACCACAAGAAGGGGCACAACAAGGUGAAGGACUUGGCUAGAUUCAAACCAAUGCAGAGACACCUCUUCCUCUAUACAAAGAUGCUACUUUUCUGCAAGAAACGGGAGGAGAACACGGAUGGCCACGAGAAGACAGCUUCAUACAGCUUUAAAAAUUCAUUAAAGAUGAGCACUGUGGGCAUUACAGAAAAUGUAAAAGGGGAUAAUAAGAAGUUUGAGAUCUGGUAUAAUGGCAGAGAAGAAGUCUAUAUCAUUCAGGCAUCUUCUGUUGAGCUGAAAAACACCUGGAUUUCAGAGAUCCGCAAAGUCCUGACAGGACAGCUGGAGGCAUGCAGAGAAGCAAGUCAACUGCACCAAAGAAUCACUGAGAGUGUGUAUCAUGCACCGAUGGAUUCCUCUAAUGCAAGCAGGUAUAGCAGGAAGUCAUCAAGUAUAUAUGAAAACAAAUCUGAGACAUCAAAUGUGGAUGCAUCAAACAAUAAAAACAGGAAUUCCAGUCCCAGUGCCAGACAAAAGAGAGUUGAUGCUUCCAGCAGCCUUAACCUUGAGCGCACAGCGCUUGCUAGAAAGCGAUUCACAUUGCAAGGUCUUUCCAACCGCAGAGCUCCACCCAAAGAUCCAGAGUCUAAGGACAGAGAAGUUACCCGUCGCUUUUCCCUAGCCUCCUCCAUCAGCACCACAGUUAAUGCUUCUGCUGCCACCAAAGGUCCCCUUGUUCCUGCAGUUAAAGUCAAGAGACAUGAAAUAAAGAGUGACCCAACUCCCCUGGGGUUUGAAGAUGCUUUUGAGAACACCAUUUUGGCCCAGACUAAAUGUAAUGCCGGUUCCACCACGAGAUCCGUACCUAGAUCUGCUUCACAGACAGGUUGGCCCAGCAGACAAAUGCCUUCUCUAGACACAUUUGAAGAUUUUGAAGCCAUCCCUUCCAGCAUGGAUGAACUCUCCAACUCUUCUGAUUUGGAGGAAGAGACCAACCCUAACAAUGGGAGCAAUCUCUUCCGGGUCGAAGGCAGCUUUGACAGCUGUUUCCCAGAUUCUCUUACUCUUGAGGAUGGAGAUUUAGUGCAGUUUGUGCAGGAAGGAGAGAAUGGCCAAUGGUUAGUGAAGAAACUGGUCUCUGAGAAAAGCGACUGGGUUCCCUCCAGCAUAUUGCAGCCAGCAGAGGGGGACAGUAACAGCAUAAUUAAGAGCAGCAAUGCAGACACGUACAACGAUUCCUGCAGCACAGCCUCAGUAGAGUCAGACACGAAGGAAAGUGAGGUGGCCAAAAGCUUCCCAGCAGAACAGAGGGCUGGCAGCUGAACAGCAGGACCAGCCUUCCUCAGGACCCUGUCCACCUGUCUUGAUCUUGGGUGGACACUGGAUCAAAGUUGCCUUUCUCACAAGCUCUGAGGUUCACAAUUCACUAAAAUUUUAUCAACAUGAACAGAUGAGAACUGUGCUGUCCACCUGGCAAGCUGGGAAAAACAAACUUGAAAGGAGCAUUAAACAUCCAGAAAACAUCAAACCUACCUUCAGUAUUAGAGGAGAAAAAUGCUUCUCGCAUUGAUUAUCAAACUGUUUCAGAAGAUGUGGCCUAAAUUAGGUCGACAGCAGAGCUGAAGAGUCUCUAUGCACGCACCUUUUGGCAACUUUGCUUGAGCACCACAUCACUGCAGAGGGGCACAUGGUGGUUACCAGUCCUUGCUCCACCCUGGGGUCACCUGGAGGUUUUUCCAUUUGCUUGCCUCUGGCUGUGCCUUCCCUGUCCUCCUUAAUUCCAGCUGAUGCAUCAUCACAAAUGUGCCCUUUUUGCUGUCAGUCAACACCAAAAACACCCCACUUGAGGGUGGCUGUGGAAAGGAGACUUCUGGCUGGGACCAUCAGAGGCUCCGUGCCGCGGUGACGUGACCCCGCUGCGGUGGCUGCUGACACAGCAUCCACACCUGGCACGGUGCCGGUGGCAGCUCCUGCCUGGGAGGUGCAGGCUAAGCAGGGAAGUAAAGACAUGUAACAGCUACUGUGACAAAGAACACUCUGAACUCUUUUUACAGUCUAAGUCAUUCCUCUGCCCCCUCUACAGUCUCUGGUUGCUGGAUCACAACCCUUUGCAUUUGGUGCCGAGAAUUCAGUUGAAUGCCAUUUACUGUCACAUGUUUGAGUAGACUGCAUGCUUUCCUUGUGUGCUGGGCUAUGAGUAGAUACA